AACCUAACGUGUGGCCUUGGGGAAACCAAACUCUGAAUUGUGAAUCCCAUCACUGUCUAAGCCACCAAGGUCUUUAUAAAUCAAAGGGUGCUUAAAGAGAGGAAGAGAGAAAAAGAAAGAGAAUCAUGGAAAGUGGUGUUGUGGCUGUAAAUAAUCAUAACUAUGAAUCCAAAGCAACAUCCACCAUCACCAUUAAGGGCAUUCUUAGCCUUCUAAUGGAAAACAUUGAUGAGAAUGGAAGAAAGAGAGUUAUUUCUCUUGGUAUGGGUGACCCAACUCUCACAACAUUGUUCCACACUCCUAAUGUUGUUGAAGAUGCUGUUGCUCACACUCUUCAGUCUCACAAGUUUCAUGGCUAUGCCCCCACUCCUGGUCUUCUCCAAGCUAGAAUUGCAAUUGCGGAAUAUCUGUCUCGGGACCUUCCUUACCAACUAUCAAGUGAUGAUGUUUUCAUCACUUGUGGAUGCACACAAGCCAUUGAUGUUUCUGUGGCGAUGCUUGCUCGCCCCGGUGCAAACAUUUUGCUUCCAAGACCAGGCUUCCCAAUAUAUGAACUUUGUGCUGCAUUUAGAGGGGUUGAAGUGAGGCAUUAUGAUCUUCUUCCACAGAAAGGUUGGGAGGUUGACCUUGAUGCAGUUGAAGCUCUUGCUGAUCACAACACGGUUGCGUUGGUGAUUAUAAAUCCUGGGAAUCCUUGUGGGAAUGUGUACAGUUAUCAUCAUUUGGAAAAGAUUGCUGAAACUGCAAAAAGGGUAGGAACAAUUGUGAUUGCUGAUGAAGUUUAUGGCCACCUUGCAUUUGGAGGCAAGCCUUUUGUGCCAAUGGGAGUUUUUGGCUCUGUUGUUCCUGUUCUCACUCUUGGCUCUCUCUCUAAGAGAUGGAUAGUUCCUGGCUGGAGACUUGGUUGGUUUGUCACAAAUGAUCCAUCUGGCACUUUUAGAAAUCCAAAGGUAGUUGAACGCAUUAAAAAGUAUUUUGAUCUUUUGGGAGGUCCAGCCACCUUCAUCCAGGCAGCUGUACCUCAAAUAAUUGCACUUACUGAAGAAGUUUUCUUCAAGAAAACCAUUGAUAAUUUGAGGCUUACUGCAGAUAUAUGUUGUAAAGAGAUAAAAGAUAUUCCAUGCAUUUUUUGCCCUUAUAAACCAGAAGGGUCCAUGGCUAUGAUGGUGAAACUAAACCUCUCACUUCUAGAAGAUAUCAGCGAUGACAUUGACUUCUGUUUCAAACUUGCAAAGGAAGAAUCUGUUAUCAUUCUACCAGGAACUGCAGUAGGACUAAAAGAUUGGCUUCGUAUUACUUUCGCUGCUGAUCCAUCUGCUCUUGGAGAGGGUAUGAGAAGAAUAAAAUCUUUCUAUCAAAGGCAUGCCAGAAAAUUGUAAAAGCAAUAGUGAAUCCACAAAUAAACAUUAUCAUAAAAGUGUGUUCUCCUUUUGCUACUACACUACACAAGAAUUAGAGAUUGUAUUUCAAUAUCGCAUUAUAUAGUCUGGUUAGAAAUGAACCAUUUAAGUGCAAGUAUCCACAUAAUCAAGAGGUAUUCCUCUUCCUAUUUUAUGGACCUUUGGUAAUAUAAUAAAUAUGGGUCUUAAUAUAUUGUUAA